UCCGACAUCAACCAUGAGGGCAACCACUCUGCUUUUGGGCCUUGGCCUUUUGGUCCUCUGCUUUUCGAGCUACAUCAAUGCGGCAGAUGAACCCACCGAUGGUAGCACCACUCCCACUGAUGGUAGCACCACUCCCACUGAUGGCAGCACCACUCCCACCGAUGGAAGUACCACUCCAACUGAUGGUAGCACCACUCCCACCGAUGGAAGUACCACUCCAACUGAUGGCAGCACCACCCCCACCGAUGGCAGCACCACCCCCACCGAUGGCAGCACCUCCCCCUCUGACGGAAGCACCUCCCCCUCUGACGGAAGCACCUCCCCCUCUGACGGAAGCACCUCUCCCUCGACGGGGGACAGCACCUCGCCCUCGACGGGUGACAGCACCUCUCCCUCAACAAGUCCUUCGUCCGACUCCUCCGACUCCACCUCCUCCGGAAGCAAUGACUCCACCUCCAGCGGCAACAACAGGAGGAGAAGGAACCGCAGGUUGCGUCGUCAGCGUCAGCGUCGUCGUCAGAGGAAUCAGCGUCGCAGGAGGAAUCGCCGCAACAGGCUCAACCGACUCAACAGACUCAACAGUAACAAUAACAACAGGGUCGGCUAAGCUCUUCAGACAAAUGUAAUAAAUCCAAUAAAAAAAUACCGCAUUUAAAAAAACCAAAAUGUUUCUUUAUACAUAAUUGUUAAAAGUUUAGAAAAAUAAUAUGGCUGCUCGGAAUUUUAUAUAACCCUAAAAAUGUAAGAAAUAGUUAUUCCUAAUAGUUUGAUCAAAUCACGUGAUGUUUUACAUUUUUCAACAGACAGGUUAUAAUAAUUUUACAAUUAACUUUAACAGAUAACAUUAUGGACUUAGUACUUUUGUCGUUUAGUAUUUCUUUUUU